AUGGGCGCCCGCCCCGGGCAUGCGGGGAGCGUUGCUAACAGCCCCUGGACUCCCGCUCCGGCGGCCUCGCCCGGCUGCCAGUCCCGCCCGGCAGGAGGCGCUGUCUCAGGCCCGGCUCUCCGCGUGGCCCAGGCCAGGGGAGCGGAGCCGCAGUCUCGCUUCUGCCAUGCACCGACUGAGCUGCGCGUUGCGCGGGCCCUGGCCGGGCCCCGCUGCUCCGGCAGCCCCGGGUCCCGGCCGGCUCCUACCCGUGCCUGCGCCAGGGAGCUGGGGCGGCCUCUCCACUGCGGCCCCGGGGAGCUGCCCGCCGCCCGCAGCGCCCUGCGGCCGAGGGCCCGGGGCGAGGAGGAGCAGUUUCGUCUUCCCGAGUACGUGCCGGAGCCGGGCCCGCGCGCGGCCAGGAGCCGCCCGCCGCCCCGGCCGCCCGGAGAGAGGCCGCGGAAGCCGAGCAGCCACAGGGUGACUGGGCGGCCGGACCCGUCGGUGCCACCCAGCGGGGUGAGCUGCUCGGGCUGCGGGGCGGAGCUGCACUGCCGGGACCCCGCCGUGCCCGGCUACCUGCCCAGCGAGAAGUACCGCAGCCUCAUGGGCGGGCAGCCGGGGGGCUCGGAGGCGCAGGUGGCCUUGGGGAGCUCAGAAGGAUUGGGGGUGCAGGCGGCCUUGGGGAGGACGGGGGCACAGGGGGCCCUGGGAGGCUCGGAAGGAUUGGGGGUUCAGGGAGUCUUGGGGGGCUCAGAAGGAUUGGGGGUGCAGGGGACCCUGGGGAGCUCGGAGGCACACCGGGCCCUGCAAGGGGUGGUGUGUCAGCGCUGCUGGCUCCUGGUCCAUCACCAGCAGGCGCUGCACAUGCAAGUGCCCCGGGAGCAAUACCGCAGUCUGGUGAGUGCUGCCCUGCGCAGCCCCCCACGCCACGGACGCCGCCCCCUGGUGCUAUACAUGGUGGACAUGCUGGACCUGCCCGACUCUGUGCUACAGGACCUGCCUCAGCUGGUGGGUGCAGGAUCCAACAUCCUGGUGGUGGGCAAUAAGGUGGACCUGUUGCCUGGGGACUCUCCAGACUAUCUGAAGCGCUUCCGAAAAGAGUUGUUGAGGAGCUGUGCCCGUGUGGGCAUCCUCCCUGCAGCCCAGGGCACUGGGGGCCAGGUUGGCAGGACUGGGAGCCAGAACUUAGUGGAUGUGCACCUGAUCAGUGCCAAGACAGGCUAUGGAGUGGAGAAGCUGAUCUCCAAAUUGCAGCGCUCCUGGAAGUGCAAUGGCGAUGUGUAUCUCAUAGGAGCUACAAACUCCGGCAAAUCCACACUGUUCAAUACCCUGCUGCAGUCUGACUAUUGCAAGUCCAAAGCCCCGGAGGUGAUCAACAGAGCAACAAUCUCGCCCUGGCCAGAUGGGAAACUGAGGCACAGAAGUGAAGUGACUUUCCCAAGAUCACCCAGACAGCCAGUGACAGAGCUAGUAAUAGUCUCAGUCCAGUGGUCUUUCAACUAGGGCACUCAGUUGCCAUGUGAUUCCUCAGUGCUCCUUCCCGCUCCUGUACAUUUUGUUGCAGUGGAAUGGGGAUAAUGGCUGUGCUUUGAAACAUCAGCAGUGUGUAGCGGCUAACGGGUCCAGUGAGAGAAAUCUCAUCCGUGUUCUAUGUCCCAAAACCCUGACAGUUUUAUGACAUGGUAGUUAUAGUAAUUUUAAGCAUGUGAGGGAAGACUCAUGUGUCUCUCUCCUUCUCUGCCCCUUGCCAAGGCAUUCCCUGCAACAUACAGUGCCCACCCUCAACAUUUCCAGCUCCCCCUCCCAUCCCCAUCCCAUCAAGCCAGCAGAUGGCAAAGGCAUGCCAGUUCUCAUG